AUGGCAGCCCCUACCGAUUUAGUAGAACAAAAUCAACAAGGAACAGAGGCUAUCCUUGAAGAUUUGACUACGAGAAUGACCCAGGCUUUGAGACAAAGCCUGAACCAGACCCCUGCAGUAACAUAUGAUACUGCUGCACCGAUUGCUAUCAAACUCAAUGGAACUAAUUAUGCUCUAUGGUCUCAGAUUGUCGAGAUGUAUAUCUCAGGAAAAGACAAACUGGGAUAUAUCAAUGGUGAUCUUCCGCAACCAGAAUUGAAUGAUCCAACAUUCAGAAGAUGGAGGACAGAAAACUCUAUUGUAAAGGGUUGGCUGAUUAAUUCAAUGGACCCUUCUCUAGUCGGCAACUUUAUCCGAUUUCCAACAGCAAAACAGGUAUGGGAAUCAAUUGCCACAACUUAUUUUGAUGGGAAUGAUAAAUCACAGGUAUACGAUUUGAAGAGAAGGGUCACUCGAAUGAAACAAAAUGGGGAAUCUAUUGAGGGAUAUUACAAUUGUCUUCAGGGCUUAUGGAGGGAAAUUGAUUACCGGCGACCAAACCCAAUGGAGUGUGCAAUUGAUGUACAGAGACACAACACCCUGCUUCAAGAGGAUCGGGUGUAUGUGUUCCUUGAUGGACUGGACGAUCGGCUAGAUAAAAUCAGAAGUGAUGUUCUACAAUUACAACCUUUUCCAUCUGUUGAGCAGGCCUACGCAUAUGUUCGAAGAGAGGACAUUAGGCAGUCUGUAAUGCUUGAAACAAAUGGUGGCCCUACUGCUUCAGUUAUGGCAACGAAGAGUGGGAAACAAAAUCAAAUGCUGCGCAUGACCAAAAGAGCACCCGGAUAUGCAGCAACGGGGGGAAGCAAAAAUCUGUCUGGAGGACUUGGCUGCUCCCAUUGUGGUAAUGCCAAACACACACGGGAAACGUGCUUCAAGCUACAUGGUUAUCCGGAAUGGUGGAAUGAAUUUAAAGCAAAGAAAUCACAGGAAGCUAAUGGAGGAGUUGGACGGGCAGCAAUAGCACAUGGAGGAGUUGAACGGACAGCAAUAGCACAUGCAGAACCUACUCUUUCUCUCAUUCCCUGUGUAGAGACAAAGGCAGAGACGGCUAGUAAUGGCAGUGAUCAAGGAUAUUCUCACGAAGAAGAUCAUUGGGCGUGGUACUAAGAGAGAGGGGUUAUACUACAUAGAUGAGUUCAGUAUCGGAAAAA